AGCUGAAAGGCAGGGGAGCGUAAUGGUCACAGGACUUGUGUUUAAUAUGUUAAACAAGUGCAGUGUAUGUUACUGCUGUUCUCAAUGCCAGAUUUGUAGCAUUCAGAGACAAUGAUGGUUAAAUCAUCUCCAAGUGUGUUAGUAUUUGUGUGCUUACUGUCGUGUUGUUCUUCAUUAUUGUUUUUUGAUGGAAGUGGCUAUGAAUUCAAAGAUGGAGAACGCAUUAUACUGCCUCUUAAAAAUGAAACUGAUGAUAUCACUCAUAAACUCAUUGUUAAAAAGAUUGUAAUGGCACCACGCAGCAGAGUCUCUUUUCAAUUACUGGAUGUUCCUGCUUAUGUUUCAUUUGUUGUAACACAAGUCCAUUCUUAUAAAUACAAUGUUUCUCUGGCUAAUGAUGACUUGUCACCAUCCUCGUUCAUCAACGGUACUAAUCUUGGAUUAGUGAAACAAAACACAGGAAUGCCUCCACAUAACAUGCAGUUCUUUAUAGUUAAUCACAACAAGGUUAAAGUGUUGUGUAUUAUUGCAUUUGAAGCGUAUCAAGAGGAUGAUCCUAUUCCUGGGGGAUGCAACAGAGAAUUUUCGGUUGAAAUUGCACCCUAUUUACUACUUUCUUAUAAUGAUGCUGUUGUCACAAUGGCCAUGCAACCAGCUGCAUUUACAGGACAAGAUGAGGAAUGUGACUCGUUUCCCUCACCAGUUGAGUUAGAAGUAUAUCAUAUGUACAUGGAUGAGAAAGACUUUUCAAGUGACUCCUAUUUUGAUGCUCUCGAAAAAAUGAUGUCAGUUGAAACCAUGCAGGAACUGGGCACAUUGAUACAACCACCACCAGAAAGAGGACCAUUGCUCAGGAUUCGUGCAGCAUACCCUGGUACUGGGUCAGUGUACGGUGUUGUCGCGAGAUCACAGAAUGGAAGAGUGGCUGCUUAUGUGCCAGCUGUUACUUAUGCGUGCGGCAACAAAAUUAAUAUGUAUGAUGACUGCGAAAUAUUCACUAUACCGUUUUCUGAAGUGCUGUGUGCAUCUAUGCUCUUCAUUGGUCUGUUCAUCUGUAUGUGUGGUCACAGAAAAUUUGUAGCUGGAUCAACGUUAGUGAGUUUCUUGUGGGGAACUGUUCUUUCAUGUAUAAUACUUGGAAUGAAUUAUGGUAUUGGCUAUGGCACAGAUAUGUUGGGAGUAUUAGUUGGAUUCAUACUUGCUGUACUUUGGUGGUUUCUUUGGCUAAUUUUUGGUGUACCAGUCAUUGCUGCAUUAUCAUCAACCUUGGCUCUUGGUUUUUUGUUAGCUUCUGCUAUUAUGUUUGCAGGAUUAGGGAGUGUUCCAUGGGUGGUGUAUGACUUCAGUUUCUGGUCAGUGUUUACAAGCAUCACAAUCACUGUACCAGUUCUAUUCAGUUCAGCAAUGCACGUGGGAAAUAUGGUUGCAUGUGCUACUUUGGGAGCCUAUGUGUUCAUUGCUCCCAUUGACCAUUAUGUCGGGUCAAAUUUAAAGUACAUUUUUCUGAACACUAUGAGACGAGCUAUUAACAGUGACUUCCGACUAGCUGCAAUUGACCCACCCUUUGAAAUUACAGACCUGCUGCUGAUCCUGACGUGGCUGACGCUGGCGGUGGCGGGGACGGGCGCGCAGCUGUACCUGCAGCGCCGCCGGCCGCCGUUCCCGCCGCGCGCCUCUACUGCUUCCCGGAGC